AUGAAAAAAAUUUCGCCCAUUUCAAAUUAUGAAAAAAAUGGUCCUGCUUACUACAACCACUUGCCUUCUGAUAUUCCAUCUACUAGUGCUCUUUGUGACUCAAUAAUUAAUAUACACACGGAUUUACAAGAUCAAAGUACAGAAAAUGAUGUCAAUGAACCUACACAUAAAGUGGAAAAUUUUAAUACGCAAACUGUAGAAUCUACAAAUAAUCUGUAUAAUAUGGGCAAUUAUACAGCUUUUGAUAUCAAUGUGGUUGUCGAAACAUACACCGAUAUUGGUUCUGAUGAGGAAGUUAAUAACAAGAAAUGCUCUAAUAACGUUGCAGUUGAACACUUCGAUCCAGAAUUGCCUACUACAAAACAAUCCUUACAGAAUCCAGACCAGACUGACUUACUAUCGCCUGCUGCGCUACAGUCCAGUGAUGUUUUAAUUGCUGUUGAACAGUCAGAUUCAGCCUCACUUGCUAUGGAACAUUCUGAUUCAGUACUAGUUGCUUUGGAAGAUUCUGAUUUAGCGCUACUUGCAAUGGAACAUUCAGAUUCGGCACUACUUCCAUUGAAAACAUUGGGUUCACCGUUAUUUGCUACGGUGCAAUCUAGUUCUGAUGCAGGAGAGUGUAAUCCAGAUAUGUUAAGCGAAGAGCAAAUUAAUUCACCGUCAAACUUGCCUAGUAAUUCAAUUGCUGGUGAAAAUGAAGACUGUUUGUUUGGGGAAAACAAAAAGAGAAAAAAUAGAAAGAAGAAAAGGACUUCGAAGAAGUUAUCCAAAGAUACAAAAAAAGAGAAAAAAAAUGCGGAAGACAUUAUGAAAAUUCAAGCAUUGAAAAGGAAAAGCAAAGCUAAGGUUAGUGGAGAAAAUUCUGCUAAAAAGAAGAGAGGAGAAACUUAUGUUAAUAAAGAUGGAGAAGUUGUUGAAGGUAAACGUAUGAAGCCCAAUCCAUGUAUUGGUAAGAAGUGUCCUAACAAUUGUGAAAGUAUUCCUGACGACCGCCGUGAAAAACUAUUCAAAUAUUUUUGGGAUCUAGGUAUCCAUCAACGGCGCAAAGACUGGGUAGCUCAAAGUACUAUAAAAAAACGAGUAAAAAGGCCAGACAAAAACACGUCAUUGAAUAGAUCGUGUGCUUACGAGUAUUAUAUUAAUGAAAAUGAAGGGAGACGACGAGUUUGUCAGAAAUUUCUGAUUAAUACAUUAGAUUAUUAUAGAUUAGAUUAG